GGUGGCGCGCAGAAUUCGGACUGUGUGAAGACUCAGGAAUCAAUGAACGUAAUGACUGCCGGGUGGAAUUGUUCAAUGAAUUUUGGAGGCCAUCGUUAUGAGGUUGGAGGCCAUUCCUAGUAUAGGUUAAGACUUCUUCAAAUGAACACUAGCGUUCAGGAAGGUUGAUCCCCCCAAAGGCUAGAUCUGCUAUGAAUUCGGAGCGUUGUGCAGGUGAGGGGAUUGAGCAUUCCACUUCAAGGCAUGUGGUUCUUUCUGCCUUCGGCUUGGGGAAGGGUGAUCCAGGAUUGGGAAGGCCCAGAGGGUUCACCCGCCCAGCAGAGUUUUUGGGUCUACCGUCUACCCGGGGGGCGCAUGCAGGUUCAAACCGAUCAGCACAUCGGUAGUACCGGUGACGUUUGGUAAAUGCAAGUGCCUCCUGAAGAGCGAAGAUACAAACUGAUAUACAGUAAACAAGUGCCUUACUAGUAGUAACAAGAAGCUAGUAGUAACAAGUGCCUUACUAGUAGUAACACGAAUUAUAUGAAUAACACCAGGUAUUUCCUUACACCCUACCAAUUUCUAGGUGUUGUUUUCGUAGGGUAUAUACCAUCGUAUACCUGUCUCUUCCAUACCUUUUCUGGUUUUCUCUUCUCUUCACCGAUCAAUGAGUGAGGCAAUGCACGGAUGAUCGAUAUGCCCUAUGGCCUGACGAACCCGGAAGCUGCUGAGAAGAACGACCUGGGAGCGGCUGGGGCCACCUUGGCGAUGGUGGGUGGAAAGACGCAGAUGAAGGCCAAGUUACCGGUCACCGUGUGGGGCCAGGCUGUGCAUGGCAUGUCCGGGACUUGGGCCUUCGACAGUGGUGGCUUGCAUUCCACCGACUAUGUCUACAAGGUCGAACAGCAAAAUGGUGCACCAGAUGACUACUACAUUUGUGAUAGUCGGCGCCGGCCGCAGCAUUGCGCUUUGCUUGGAGGGAACCUCAAGCAAGCAUG